CUGAAGGAUAAAGAACGAACUACAGACUGGUUGGACGUGGUAGACUUAUACUUUAAUGUCUGUGCUUUCUGUGGAGAGGCAAUCAUUCGCCUUUAGCUUUAUAAAUUCAACAUAAUACAGCAGGAGCCAGAGGUUUCCAGAUGUGCGCCAUUAGCCUUAAAUCUAUAUAUUAGCCUGUCUAGCCACGUGCCAUUAAGUGCUCGACCUGAUGUAGCUAGGCUUGUUGGGCUGGUGGUCAUACUGUUCAACAUACCACGGAGGCUGACAGAGCUGAUAGGCAGAGAGAGACCAGGAGAAACGCCGAGCGAAGCCACGGGAUCCAUGCGCAGUAUCUCCCCUCACCAGCGCAGCGCGGACACGAGAGGAGCAGCAGAGGCAGAGCGGCUGUGGAGCUGCUGCUGGUACAUCUUUCCACGCACACUUUGAAGCGCACAUCCAGCCGACAGCAUCUCCGUUUUACCUCCACAAAAGGACCACUGACUGCAGCGGCGGUGGAUGUAUUCGCGCCGGAGCUCUCUGGGUAGGUUUGGAGCGUGACGCGGAGCAGGCAGCUGGAGAAGGCAUCCGUGCACGUUUACAACAGUGAAUGCUCGGGAUUGUGGGUCUUUCUUUGGAUAUUUUCGUAAAACUCUCCGGACUAAUUGCGCCGAAUUGAGUAACGCCACGGUGAUUGUACUCGUGAGCUUUCCAAGUUUGGAUACGCGCACUGCUGGAAGUUUAUGCACGCUGCCUCGGACAAGACCGCGACAGCUACUAGCAGGUAGAGCGCGUGGAGAGGCAGCCGGCCCCGAAACACACCCAUAAGCUCAGAUUCACGCGAGAACCAACGCAAAUCCAUCCGGAGGGAGAGAGCGGAGCGUCGGUUACCCAGCAUGCACGCAGUAUGGAACGGGUGAGGGAGCAGCGGCCUUUCUGCUCGCUGUCAAAGAACCAGAGAGAGGAGAGGGAGAGAGCCGGUGAGAGGGAGCAGGAGAGGGAGAGGCGCUACACCACCUCCUCGGCCGACCGGGGGGAGGCUUCAGAGGGGCCUUGUCGCGUCCCCACCCAGAAGUCCUACAGCUCCAGCGAGACCCUCCAGGCCUUCGACCAUGACCCCACGCGUAUGCUAUUUGGAGGCAGAGCCAAAGAGAUGGUCCACAAGGAGAACGCGGAAUACAGCCGACCAGGGCAGACCUUCUCUCUGAGGCAGCUUGGGUUCUGCGAGCGCUCGGCCGCAGCUCGGAGGGGCCUGGCUCUAUGCCCCGAGACCGGAUUGUCCCACCCCCUCGGCAACUACAGGGAGAACCAUGAGCCCGUGUCCCCUGAACGCACCAUGGCUCUGUGGGGAUCGGGGCCAAAGUCCGGUCAGAACUCGUCAUGCCUGUCCAGCCGCUCCAACUCGGCGCUCACGCUCACCGAUACCGAAAUGGACAAUAAAUCGGACAAUGAAAUGGGUGACCAUCUGUCCAGUCCACAAGGUCCACCCCCUCUGCCUCCAGCCCCGCCCCCGCACAAGCAGCACCCGUCCAUCACGUCCCUGAGUCGCAGCUCACUGGCCAAUCAGAGGAGCCCGAGCCCGCCGCCCUCAGCCGGCCUGGCCCACCUGCAGAGCACGGCGGAAUGUGUCCAGCUGCAGGACAGCUGGGUCCUGGGCAGCAAUGUGGCCCUGGAGAGCAGGCACUUUCUAUUUAAAACAGGCACUGGAUCCACACCUUUCUUUGGCGCUGCGGCACCCGGUUACACCAUGGCAACGGGCACAGUGUACUCCACCCCGGCCCGCCCCCUGCCCAGGAACACCCUGUCCAGAGGGGCCUUCAAGUUCAAGAAGUCCCCCAAGCACUGCUCCUGGAAGUGUACUGCCCUGAUCGCUGUGGCCGUGGCCGUGCUGCUGUCAAUCAUCCUGUGCUACUGCAUAGCCAUGCACCUUUUCGGCCUCAACUGGCAGCUUCGGGAGUUGGACAACCAGCCGGCGUUUGAGAACGGAGGAGCGGGGAAGACGGGAGGGCCGACUCAGACGAGCAUUGUGACGGCUCUGGCUGUGGAUAAUGGACGCGGCGGCGUGAUGCACCAGGAAAACAACUCCAUUGACACGGGGCAGGUGGAGGUGGGGAAGAGGGCGGGUCAGAGCCUUCCCCCGGGCGUGUUCUGGCGCUCACAGCUCAACAUAGAACAACCACGCUUCAUAAAGUUCAACAUCUCAGUGCAGAAGAACGCCCUGAUCGGAGUGUACGGACGGAAGGGCCUGGCACCAUCCCACACACAGUAUGACUUUGUGGAGCUCCUAGACGGCAGCCGGCUCAUCGCUAAAGAACAUCGGUCUGCCAGCGAGCCGGAUACAAGGGCACGACUGGAGCACCCGGUCAGCGUGCACCAGGCCGGCUUCAUUCAAUACAUGGACUCAGGGGUGUGGCAUCUGGCCUUUUAUAACGACGGCAAGAGCUCGGAGGCUGUGUCCUACAACACCAUCAUCCAGGAAUCUGUCACCGAGUGCACUCACAACUGUUAUGGGAACGGAGAGUGCGUCGCCGGAUCAUGUCACUGCUUUCCGGGAUUCAUAGGGCCGUACUGUUCCAGAGCCGCCUGUCCGAUCCUGUGCAGCGGUAAUGGCCAGUACACUAGGGGGCGCUGUCAGUGCUACAGCGGCUGGAAGGGCACAGAGUGUGACGUGCCCCUGUCCCAGUGCGUCGACCCUCUGUGCUCGGGCCACGGACUUUGUGUGUCCGGCAACUGUGUGUGCAACACCGGCCACAAGGGGAUCAACUGUGACCAAGUGGACUGUGUGGACCCCACCUGCUCUGGGCACGGGGCCUGUCAUCACGGGGAGUGCCACUGUAACCCGGGCUGGGGCGGAGUCAAUUGUGAGAUCCUGAAGAGCACGUGUCCUGAGCAGUGCUCCAGCCACGGCACCUUCAGCACAGAGACCGGCACGUGUGUGUGUGAGGCCAACUGGACCGGGGCUGACUGCUCUAUAGAGGUGUGCGUGGUGGACUGCGGCCCCCAUGGCUCGUGCAUAGGAGGGGUGUGCCAGUGCGAGGAGGGCUGGGCGGGGCCGGAGUGUGAGCAGAGGGACUGUCACCCGCGCUGCAUCGACCACGGGGUGUGCCGCGAGGGCAAGUGUGACUGCCACCAGGGCUGGACCGGAGAGCACUGUACCAUUGACGGCUGCCCGGGGCUGUGCAACAACAACGGGAGGUGCGUCCUGGAUCAGAAUGUGUGGCACUGCAUCUGUCAGUCCGGGUGGAGAGGCCUGGGCUGCGACGUGGCUACUGAGACGCUCUGCUCUGACGGCAAGGAUAACGAGGGAGAUGGACUGGUGGACUGCAUGGACCCGGACUGCUGCUCUCAGAUGGCCUGUCAGGGUCAGAGCUACUGCCGCGGCUCCCCUGACCCCGCCGUCAUGGCCGCCCAGCUCCAGAACUCCGCCUCCCUGCCCACCUCCAAGGGCUUCUUCGAGCGCGUGAGCUUCCUGAUUGGCCCCGGCGGCAGUCACGUCAUCACCUCGGAUAACCCCUUCAAUAGCAGCUUGGCAUCCGUCAUCAGGGGUCAGGUGCUCACAGGAGAUGGGACGCCGCUGAUCGGAGUCAACGUGUCCUUCCCUCACUACCCCGAGUACGGCUACACCAUCACCCGCCAGGACGGCAUGUUUGACCUUGUGGCCAAUGGCGGCGCUUCCCUGACCCUGAGUUAUGAGCGCGCUCCAUUCCCCAGCGUGCAGAGGACAGUGUGGCUGCCCUGGAGCGUCUUUCAUGUGAUGGAUACUGUGGUGAUGAAGAGAGAGGCCAACGACAUCCCCAGCUGUUACCUCACGGGUCUGCUCCGGCCGAACCCGCUCAUCCUGGCCACGCCCCUGUCCACGCUGUACAAGACGUCAGAGGAGGACAGCCCUAUCAUCCCAGAGACACAGGUCCUCCAUGAGCAAGUGGCCAUCCCGGGCUGUGACCUGAACCUGGUGUACCUGAGCUCCAGAGCAGCUGGCUACAAGCCCAUCCUGAAGGUGCUGCUGACCCAGGAGCGGCUGCCCUUCGGCCUGAUGAAGGUGCACCUGAUGGUGGCCGUCAUGGGCCGACAGUUCCAGAAGUCUUUCCCGGCCUUCCCUGACCUCUCCUACACUUUCAUCUGGGACAAGACCGACGCUUACGGCCAGAAGGUGUACGGGCUGGCCCAGGCUGUGGUGUCCGUGGGCUACGAGUACGAGUCAUGCCUGGAUGUGGUGCUGUGGGAGAAGAGGACGGCCGUGCUGCAGGGAUAUGAGCUGGACGCGGCCAACAUGGGAGGGUGGAUGUUAGACAAGCAUCAUAUUCUGGAUAUUCAGAAUGGUAUUCUGUACAAAGGCAGCGGGGAGAACCAGUUCAUCUCUCUGCAGCCCCCGGUCAUCUCCACAGUGAUGGGGAACGGACGUCGCCGGAGCAUCUCGUGCCCCAGCUGUAACGGCCAGGCUCUGGGCAACAAGCUGCUGGCCCCCGUGGCUCUGGCCUGGGGCAUCGACGGCAGCCUCUACGUGGGAGACUUCAACUACAUCCGCCGCAUCUACCCGUCCGGCAAUGUGACCAGCAUCAUGGAGCUCAGAAAUAAAGACUUUAGACACAGUAACAACCCGGCCCACCGGUACUACCUGGCCACUGACCCGGUGAGCGGUCAACUGUACGUGUCCGACACCAACUCCCGGAGGAUCUACAGGCCUAAGACCCUGAGCAUCACCAAGGACAUCCAGUCGAACGCGGAGGUGGUGGCCGGUACGGGAGAGCAUUGCCUGCCCUUCGAUGAGAACCACUGCGGAGAUGGCGGCAAAGCUCCGGAGGCCCCCCUCACCGGCCCCAAAGGCAUCGCGGUGGAUAAGAACGGCCUCAUCUACUUUGUGGACGGCACUACCAUUCGUAAGGUGGACCAGAACGGGAUCAUCUCCACCUUCCUGGGCUCAAACGAUCUGACUUCUGCACGGCCUCUGACCUGCGACAACAGCAUGGACAUCAGUCAGGUGAUCUUGGAGUGGCCCACAGAUUUGGCCGUGAGCCCGAUGGACAACUCUCUGUAUGUUCUGGACAACAACAUCGUCCUGCGUAUCACAGAAACCGGACAGGUCAGCAUCGCCGCCGGCCGCCCCACCCACUGCCCGCUCGCCGCCUUCGAGAGGGGUGUGGCUGGGGGUCAGAGGGCACUGCUCACCCCUCUGGAAUCCGCCGUCUCCAUUGCCAUCUCGUACCACGGCGCCAUUUACAUCUCUGAGACAGACGAGCGCAAAAUGAGCCGCAUCCGGAUGGUUUCUGUGGACGGGGAGAUCACUCAUCUGGCCGGGGCUCUCUCUGAGUGCGACUGUAAGAACGAUGCGAACUGUGACUGCUACCAGACAGGCGACGGCUACGCUAAAGACGCCCGGCUUAACGCUCCGUCCUCGCUGGUGGCCGCUCCGGACGGGACACUCUACGUGGCAGACCUGGGCAACAUCAGGAUCAGAGCGAUCUCCAGGAACGGGCCAACAUUCAGCGGUGGCACUUAUGAGGUGGCUUCUCCGGACGCCCAGGAGCUCUACGUGUUUGACACUAACGGCACGCACCAGCACACCGCCAACCUGCUCACGGGAGACCUCAAGUACACCUUUGGCUAUAGCACAGAGAACGACGUCACCGCGGUAACAGACAGCAGCGGGAACACCCUGAGGAUCCGCCGCGACGCCAACAGGAUGCCUGUGAGGAUCGUUGCCCCUGACAACCAGGUCAUCUGGCUGUCCAUGGGAACCAACGGAGGGCUGAAGACUCUGACAGCGCAGGGGCAGGAGUUGGUGUUGCUCACCUACCACGGAAACAACGGGCUGCUGGCAACCAAGACCUCCGAGAUCGGCUGGACCACAUUUUUUGACUACGACAGCGAGGGCCGGCUCAUGAAUGUGACGUUCCCCACGGGCAUGGUGAAUAACCUGUACGCAGACCUGCACAGCGCCCUGACCGUGGACGUGGAGAGCUCCAUGUCUGAUGAGGAGAUCAGCCUGACCACCAACGCCUCCACCAUCAGGGCCUUCUACACUCUGGCUCAGGGUAAGGUGAACGGGCGCAACAUCCUGUCAGUAGAUUACGACCGCACCCUGAGGACGGAGAAGAUUUACGACGACCACCGAAAGUUCCUCCUGAAGAUCAUCUACGACACGGCGGGGCAUCCGGUGCUGUGGGUGCCCAGCAGUAAGCUCCUACCGGUGAACGUGAGCCGCACCAGCACAGGGCAGAUCAGCGCUCUGCAGAGGGGCCCUACCACCGAGAGGCUGGAGUACGACACGCUGGGUCGCCUGGUGUCACGAGUGUUCGCCGACGGAAAAAUCUGGAGCUACACCUACCUCGAGCAGUCCAUGGUUCUGCUCCUCCACAGUCAGCGCCAGUACAUAUUUGACUUCGACUCGCUGGACCGCCUCUCCGCUGUGACCAUGCCCAGUGUCGCUCGCUACACCAUGCAGACCAUCCGCUCCGUGGGCUACUACCGAAACCUCUACCACCCCCCGGAGAGCAACGCGUCGGUGGCAGUGGACUACACGGAAGAUGGCCUCCUCCUCAGGGUGGCGCAUUUUGGCACCGGCCGCAGGGUGCUGUACAACUAUCGCCGGCAGAACAAACUGUCGGAGGUCUUGUACGACAGCACCAGGGUUAGCUUCACCUACGAUGAAACGGCGGGCGUGCUCAAAACUGUAAACCUCCAAAACGAAGGCUUCAUCUGCUCCAUACGUUACAGACAAAUAGGGCCUCUGAUAGACCGGCAGAUAUUUAGGUUUAGCGAGGAUGGAAUGGUCAACGCACGCUUCGACUACACCUACGACAGCAACUUGCGCGUCACCAGCGUGCAAGGGGUCAUCAAUGAAACGCCGUUACCCAUUGACCUCUAUCAGUUUGAUGAUAUCUCAGGAAAGAUUGAACAGUUUGGCAAGUUUGGAGUCAUAUAUUACGACAUAAAUCAAAUCAUCUCCACAGCGGUCAUGACGUACACUAAGCACUUUGACGCACAUGGAAGAAUCAAAGAAAUCCAGUAUGAGAUCUUCCGCUCGUUGAUGUACUGGAUCACGUUUCAGUACGAUGACGUGGGGAGGCUCACCAAACGGGAGCUCAAGAUCGGGCCUUUUGCAAACACUACUAAAUACAGUUACGAGUACGAUGUGGACGGGCAGCUUAUGACCGUGUACCUGAACGAAAAGGUCAUGUGGCGUUACACGUACGACCUCAACGGAAACCUGCACCUGCUCAACACCGGGACGAGCGCCCGUCUCCUCCCUCUGAGAUACGACUUACGCGACCGCAUCACUCGCCUGGGAGACGUCCAGUACCGAAUGGACGAGGACGGUUACCUGCGGCAAAGGGGGGCCGAAAUCUUUGAGUACAACUCCAAAGGACUCCUGGUAAGGGUGUACAGCAAGAGCACGGGAUGGACCAUUCAGUAUCGCUACGACGGACUGGGGCGCAGAGUCUCCACCAAAUCUAGUUUAGGUCAACAUCUGCAGUACUUCUACGCAGAUCUGAGCUACCCCGCACGGAUAACGCACGUCUACAACCACUCCAGCUCCGAGAUCACGUCCUUCUACUACGACCUUCAAGGGCAUCUGUUUGCCAUGGAGAUAAGCAGCGGGGAGGAGUUCUACAUCGCCUGUGACAACACGGGCACUCCGCUGGCUGUGUUCACCAGUAACGGCCUGCUGGUCAAACAACUCCAGUACACGGCGUACGGAGAGAUCUACUUUGACUCCAAUCCAGACUUCCAGCUGGUGUUGGGCUUUCACGGAGGCCUCUAUGAUCCGCUGACCAAGCUGCUGCACUUCGGAGAGAGGGAUUAUGAUAUCAUGUCUGGCAGGUGGACCGCCCCAGACAUCUCCACAUGGAAGAGAAUUGGCAAAGAGCCGGCUCCUUUUAACUUGUACAUGUUCAGAAAUAACAACCCCAUCAGUAAAGUCCAUGAAGUCAGAGAAUAUGUGGCGGAUGUCAACAGCUGGCUUGUGACUUUCGGCUUUCAUCUUCACAACACUAUUCCUGGGUUCCCGGUCCCCAAGUUUGAUAUCGGCACAGCAUCUUAUGAACUGAUCAAGAGCCAGCUUUGGGACGACCUGCCGUCCAUCUCUGGGGUCCAGCAGGAAGUAACCAGACAAGCACACUCGCUCCUGUCUUUUGAGCGGCUGCCAGAGGUCCAUCUGAGUCGAGGGCGCAGAGGUGAGAAGUCCUGGCUGUGGUUUUCUGCCGCUUUGUCUCCCAUUGGAAGGGCCGUGAUGUUUGCCAUCUACAAAGGCAGCGUCCACACUCACUCACUCAACGUGGCCAGUGAGGACUGUGUGAAGGUGGCCACCAUCCUCAACAAUGCCUUUUAUUUGGAGCACCUGCACUUCACUAUAGAGGGCAGGGACACACACUACUUUGUGAAGCCGGGUCUUCCCGACUCAGACCUGGCGGCGCUGCACCUCACCAGCGGACACAAAACGCUGGACAAUGGCAUCAAUGUGACUGUCUCCCAGUCCACCACAGUCAUGGACAGUAGGACGCGCCGCUUCGCAGACGUGGAGAUCCGAGCGGGCGCCUUGGCUCUGCACAUCCGCUACGGCUCCACGGUGGACGAGGAGAAGGCACGGGUGGUGGAGCUGGCCCGGCAGCGUGCUCUGGCUGGGGCCUGGGCCAGAGAACAGCAGAGGGUCAGAGACGGGGAGGAGGGUGUGAGGCCCUGGACAGAGGGGGAGAAGAGGCAGCUUCUGAGCGGCGGAAAGGUGCUAGGCUAUGACGGCUAUUAUGUGCUCUCUAUUGAGCAGUAUCCAGAACUGGCUGACUGCGCCAAUAACAUCCAUUUUCUUCGCCAAAGUGAAAUUGGCAAAAGGUAACAAUACGAGGUGCACUUUCUGCCAAAGAGACUCCGUUUGGUAGAAUUCUAACAGCAGUCAGAAUCAGCAACUGUCACGUUGCUCCCUG